GAGGGCGGGGCCUCGGCGCCUUCUCCUCGGUCCUGGGGCCAAGACUAGAGGAAUGUUCCCUGCACAGGAGGAGGCCGACAGAACGGUGUUUGUGGGGAAUUUAGAGGCCCGUGUACGGGAGGAGAUCCUUUACGAGCUGUUCCUUCAGGCUGGGCCAUUAACCAAAGUGACUAUAUGCAAAGACAAAGACGGAAAGCCGAAGUCUUUUGGAUUUGUCUGCUUUAAACAUCCAGAAUCGGUGUCUUAUGCCAUAGCUUUGCUGAAUGGAAUUCGUUUAUAUGGAAGACCAAUUAAUGUGCAGUAUCGAUUUGGGAGUUCUCGCUCUUCUGAACCAGCUAACCAAAGUUUUGAGAGCUGUGUUAAGAUAAAUUCACACAGCUACAGAAAUGAAGAAGUCGUGGGCAGAUCUUCCUUUCCCAUGCAGUUCUUUCCAACUAAUAAUGCAGCUUUACCUCAAGAAUACUUUUGCUUUCAGCGGAUGUGGCAUGCGUAUAACCCAGCACUGCAGCUUCCUUACUGUGAGAUGACAGCACCACUUCCUAAUAACACAUCUGUGUCUCCCUCACUAAAUCGUGUUCCAAAUCUAGAGGCUGGACCCAGCUCCUAUGAAUGGACUCACCAACAACCACGUGACCCUGACCUUUAUCAGAUGAAUAAACGAAAGAGGCAAAAACAAACCAGUGAUAGUGAUAGUAGUACAGAAAACAAUAGAGGAAGUGAAUAUAGUCAAAAGUUCCAAAAGUGUAAGAAGAAGAAAAGAUAUUAGUAUUACAUUUAAAUGAAAUUUAUCUAUACUUGUCUUAAUGCUCUUAAAAGAAAAAAAAAUCUGUAUUGUACUAAAUGACCAAGUUCAUGGCUUUCUUGUCUUUUUUGAAAUAUAUAAUACUAUAAUAUCUGAUUUGCUAUUGAAUUUUUGUCUUGAAUGACAGAAACUUAAAAAUAAUAUACUACGUUUUGUAUUUGUAAUGGUACUGUUGACAUAUUGUUAACGAGAAAUACAUUUUGAGUUGUUACAUUUUAGUACUGAUGAUGAAAUUGCACUAUACUGUCAAAAGUCAUUUAGCACUUGUGGAUAAGGCACAAUGCUCUCCUCCAAUGUCACCUAUAUGGAGUAGUGGGUUUUUCUGAAUGAAACUAGUGCAAAUAUUUGAGUUGUGUGCCGUUUCCAACAGAGGGAAGAAGCAAGCUUUAGUUUCCUUUAUUAACAUUUUAUGUUUUAUGUCUAAAUAUGUUAUUUCUGAGCCUUACCUCUCCUACAGGUUUAUUUCAUAAAACGAGGAUAUAUAACAGUGGUACCAAAGGAAAGAUGAUUUAUACAAUUGUAUAUAUAAAUAUGAAUGUCUCCUUUCACUUAUUAAUUUUAUUUCACAAAAACACAUGACUGUCAGAAUUUAUUAUCCACCUCUUUUGCUAACUGGGUUGGAGAGGGUAUGUGUGACAUAUUUAAGACUUGAUAAUGGAAAAUAAAUAGAAUGGUAUUUCAUUAAUGUAUGAUAUUAUAAUAUUUAAUAUAUACCAUCAAAUCAAGUUUCUUAUUUCUUAUGUAUGAUAUUAUAAUAUUUAAUAUAUACCAUCAAAUCAAGUUUCUUAUUUCUGGCUCAUUUAUUUUUAGAAGAUAGACUACGUAUAAAUUACUUGUUUAUUUGGAAAUAUUUUGUUAACUUUGUAGCUCAUCAUAAACUAAAAUUUGUAAAAUGUAUUUACUAAAGCUAAUGAAAGAAUCAUGCAACUUCAUUAGGAGUUACCCACCCAAGUCAACAGGAAAAGCUAUGCUUGGAUAUUUCUUUUACAUAUUGCAUAGCACUUUAUAGAUGUCUAUUAUUUAAAAUAAUAAAGAUGUUUUUAGCAAAAUGAGUAGCUGAAUUUAACUUUUGGUUGUAAAUAUACAGUGCAGUCACGUUUUAAAUGUAAUUAUUAGAGUAUUUCCAUCUGAUCAUCAUGAAAACUAAAUUCGGCUUGGUGUAACUUGAUCUAUAUAUUUUCAUGUUCGUAAAUAUUCAAAUUAAAAUAGAUGACAUCUUUUCUUUUUAAAUUCAGUUUUGCAAUUUAGAAUUAUGCCAAAGGAAAAAUAAAUUUCUGUGUAAAUAGAAAAUAAUACAUAAACGCAUUAACUUCACCUCAGCCUUUUCUUCAAUUCUUAUAUCUUACAGUUCACCUUAGCUGUAAAUUAUUUCUGUGUGAUUGGCAUUAUAGGAAAUACAUACAUGAGAAGUGUCUCUUAGCAAGUAAGAGUGGUAUAUUUGUAAGAAAAUUGUCUUGAAAUACUGUUACACAAACUAAAAUCUUUGAACUGCAAGGAACGUGCAACUUUUUUCAUCACAAGCAGAAAUUCCCUCAAUAUCAACUUAGCAAGUCAACCAAUUCGAACCAAACAGAAGGCAAAUUUAUCUAUUACCCCAGUGUCUUUCAUUGUUAAAAAUAUCAAAUAUAAUCUACAAUCCUGUACAAUUUUAAAUUACCGAUUUUCCCAACACUGUUUUUGAGUUAAAAUUUAUUGAAUUAUUUACCUUAAAGGGUAUUGUUCUUAAAAUUUUAAUUCUCCACUCUCAAAAAUCUAUUUUUAAGUAUGUAAUGUAUACAUUCUACUUCAAAUGCUAGAAGACACUUGGAAUUUGAGAACAAAGUGAGUUCAUCUUUUCAUUCUCAUAUUCACUAUUUUUUUAGUGAGUUUCUGUAAUGCAUCAAGCAGUAGAAAAACAAGAGAAAAAUUAUUUAGAAUUAAAGUUGGUCCAAAUGAUGAGUGCAAAACACACCCUUGAAAUCUUUAAGUGUUCAUAUUCUACCUUCAUUUUCUGUUUCCAUACAUCCUAGUAAAGCCAGUUACAUCAGAAUUAAGUCUGGUUCUCAUUGAUUUAUUUCCCAUUAAGAAAAGUGAAUAGAUAGUCUGGGUUUGAUUUUGGUUAAAAUGAGCUAAUCUAUAAAUCUCUAUAAAAAGUAUAUUUUACUGGAAGAAGUUCAAAAAAAAAAAUAUUUUUAACAGAAUGAAAACUACCUUUACACCUCAAGCCCAGGGAAGUUGAGUGAGCACGUGAGCUCAGCUGUUCCAGUUUGUACUAAGAAAUAUUUUCUGAGGUUGUUAGUCAUGUUGUUAUUCUGCCUGAUCAGAAUCUUCUACAAGGUCAAACGCAGCCUCAGUUGUGGACUAAGUAGUAAGUCUCUAUUCCCAAUCAUGCCCAACCUGCAUGUUACUUCACGUGCAUGCAAAAACUUGUUUCAGCAAGGAAGACAAGUGAUCUAUUAUCUGGUUCCUGGUAAAAUUUCGUUUUGAGCUUCCAACACCAUCUUGUUAUAAUCGUCAACAGGUUUUAUAAAGAUUAAGAAACACGUGCUACUGGCAGUUAAUUAAGGAAUAUAACCAGUAUGUAAGGAUACAAACUAACAUAUUUCCUGAGUUGUGAGCCCUGAGAAAGAUUGAGCCAAACAAGCCUAUAUAAUAUCAUUUACUACAAGGAACCUGGGUCUAAUAAUAAUUGGCUCA